AUGAAACUUAUAAUUUUUAUUAUUGUAUUAUUUCUUACUUUCUUCAAAACUUUUGCUUUUAAAUCUUUUGACAACUGUUACGAUCAUGGAAGUAUAAUUGAAAGUGUUCGGUUCAUAGUAGAAGGGCUGGUUGAAUUAAAAUUAGUUCAACCAGAUAAAACACAAGUCCCAUGUUGUUUGCAACAGGGAGUAAUGAUUAUUAAAGAUUACAUGAUUUAUAAAGAUGAUGGCUCAAAAGAUCCACUUUUUACUUUUGUGGGAGAUCGUACAUGGGUAAAUGGGUACGAUAGGAGUAAUAUCUUACAUAAGAUUUAUUGUAAUAAUAAUAGCUUUAAUUGUGAUUCACUUUAUGAAGGAGAUUAUGAAUAUACACGACUUGACAGUUAUGAUACCUCAAAAUUAACUCGGGGAGAUGAAAUUAUAGUGUCACUGACUACAUAUUCUCAUUGUUAUUAUUCCUCUGAAACAAUUUGCUUAGGUUCUUGCAAUCCUGUAUUCCAUAUUCCUUAUUUUCCACCAAUCAAUUCAUCUUUAUCAGAUUAGAUAUAUAAUUACUUAAUUUAAUUCUCGUGUUAAAAUUGGUUAUUAUCAUUAUUUUUGACAUCUUGAAUCUUUUUUAUUGUAACGAAAUAUGAAAAAUUAUUAUAAUUAAUUAUAAAAACAUAUUUACUUAUGUAUGUGAUUUUAAUUUUGGAUGAAUAAAAACCUUAUAAUUUUUUGUAUACUCGAAAUAAGCAUUAUUUCAAAACUUUAAACGCUAAAAAAGAUAUCUAUUAAAAAAAUUUUUAUUCGAUGCUUUAUUUGAGACAAAAAGUUUUUUUAUAAAAAUUUUUUUUUACAAUUCGAACAUUUUAACAAUAAUAGUGUAUCGACAAAAAGUAUGAUUUAUUUUUUAAA